CGAUAAUGCAUCGUCGUAAUUGUUGUCAGUACAUGGAUGUUUAGUACGUAGGCACCGGGGCGGGAGUUGGAGGAAAAAAGCUCCGCCAGUUGCUUCAGUGAUUAUUUCACGGUUCCUAGUUCCCCCGUAGCUCCACCGAUGGCACCUUCCUGAAACCGCUAGCAGGGGAACCACCAUGCAAAUAUACACAAAGCAUCUUAUUUUUUGGAUUGGUUAGCAAUUUCGUAACGAUGCGAUUCUCCUCAAAGCUGUGAAAAGCUCUGCGACAGAGGAUAAUACACGGAGACCGGCCGCUUUCAACUGAUACCCUCGCUGGAAGAAGCUACAAAGAUGCCUGAGGUUCGGGAUCUUUCUGAAGCUUUGCCAGAGAUGCCCAUGGACCCAAUCACUGGAGUUGGUGUAGUAGCCUCAAGAAACAGGGCACCCACUGGAUAUGAUGUGGUCUCGACAACAACAGACGGCCUGGAUGCUGAUCUUUGGAAAGAUGGCCUUUUCAAAUCGAAGGUGACCCGCUACCUCUGCUUCACCAGAGUCUUCUCUAAAGAAAAUAGCCACUUAGGUAAUGUUCUUGUGGACAUGAAGUUGAUUGAUAUAAAGGACACUCUGCCUGUGGGUUUCAUCCCGAUCCAGGAGACUGUUGACACUCAGGAGCAGGCCUUCAGGAAGAGGCGACUCUGCAUCAAGUUUAUUCCACGGGACUCCACAGAGGCAGCCAUCUGUGACAUCCGCAUCCUGGGACGCUCCAAGCAGGCACCCCCUCAGUACACCUUUAUAGGAGAGCUCAACAACAUGGGAAUCUGGUAUCGCAUGGGGAACGUACCUCGGGCCCAGGACUCCACACUUGCACCAUCCGCCAACAACAUCCAGAAUGUGAACUCCCCUUCCAGCUCAGUUCCAGUCGCAGCAGCCUCUAUGCCCAAGCAUAUUUCUAUGACACUCCCAGCCAGCUUCAGAGGGAAGAACACUACCAGACCAGACUAUGAGCACCAGAACUCCAACCUGUAUGCUAUCUCAGCAAUGGAUGGAGUGCCUUUCGUGAUCUCUGAGAAGUUUGCCUGCACCUCAUCAGAUCAGGUGGAUCUGAUGGGUAUUACAAUCAAGUCACUGGCUGAGAUUGAGAAAGAGUAUGAUUACAGUUUCCGCACAGAGCACAGCGCAGCAGCUCGCCUCCCUCCCAGUCCAACAAGGACCUCCCUAAGCUCCGAGGCCUGAGGAUCCCUCCUAACCCCUUCCUAACAACACUCUCCCUACAGACACCAUCAGGAGAGACCUGUACACAACUACUGAGGACCUGCCCACAUCAAAGAAAAAAAAAUCACAAAAAAAAAAAACCUUUUCUAACUUCAGGGAGAUGUCCUGGUCUCCAUGUGUUAGUUGUGCUUUUGUUUUUUAAAGGCAACUGAAAACACUGAAAGACAAGCAGAACACUGAGGGACUCUGGUUAUGCUGGCUGAAACCACUACAUACAGCUUUGAUGAGCUGGCUUUUAAAAUUAGGUGAAAUUGCCAGGUGUUCAAAAAGACUGAAGUGAAUCUCACUAAUAUGAUUUCAAAAAACAUUUCUUUACUCAAAACAAACGCAAAAUGUUGCCUGUGAUAGACAUAACCAUGUCCCACCUGAAGAACUUGAUAGAGGCAAGAUAAAAGGAUGAAGGGCACCUGUUAGGCCUUUGCUCUCUCACAUGGAAUGAGUCUGAGAGCAACCAUCAUGUUUGCCUGUCACUGGCCCUAGUCACGGCACCAGGAGGGAAUCCCAGUUCAUGGGUGUGAAAUACAAAAGGAAAUGUCAUACUAUGGGAUUUUGUUUUCAAGCUUGUACCGCUUAUUGUGACCGGUAAUGGUUCUCAUUGUUCCUUUGAUAUUACUGUGAUAUUCUAGUGUGGCUGUGAGUGCACUUUGUGUUUGGGGUUUUUCGGUGUGCUUCAUGUCUGUCACUGAUAUUCUGUUAACCACUCAUUCACUGUGUGUACAUGAGCCUGCAGCUUGGCUUACAUACACAACGACCCAGGUCUGGACCCUUCAUGCCACUAUCUUUCUGAUUUUUUUGUCAUCCCGUUUUAGCUUAAACACUUCUCCUUUCAUGUUCGGAUAAUGGAUUUAGCUGUAUGGUGCAACAAAGAAAACAUUACUUAAAUGUCAUUCUCUCAUCCAUCCCAUCCGUUUCUGUUUUUGUCAACACAGCUAUUAAACGUGGGCCGUGUAUGUCAGGCAGAUCUUGUCCCAACUACUGUUAUUGACAGACUUGAUCACUUUUCAACUAAUAACAUCAAAUGAGAGUUACAGAUGUAACCAGGGUUCUAUGAAUUUUAUCUGCUUGCUGUUACACUAGCCUCCGCAGCUCUGUGGUCUACAGUUUACUGUCCAUCUUUAGUAUCUACUACAGAUAUUUAGAAUUCCAAGCAGAAACCUUCAGGAUCAAAACAAAGCUGACCAAGUCAUUUUUUAACAUACAGAAAACUACAGCUUCCACUAAAAUCAUCUAGAGGAUAUGGAAAACUGUUCAGCAAAAACAGAAUGUUAAAUGAACAACAGUAUUAUUUGGUAAUUUUGUUUGUCGUGUGUGUGUGCGUGUGCGUGCGUGAGUGCGUGUGUUUUAAUUACCAUCUAUAUCUUGCCAACUUUUGGUACUUGACAGUUUUUGAUACUCUACUACAGACAUAUUUUGGUUGGUACAGGGAAAAGGUAUUAAGGUCUGAAACCCAGCUCUGGUUUGUCUAUAUCAGAAGAACUAUUCACUAUUUUGAGUAACCUCUCUAAGUACAGUUCCUAACAAACAGAUGUUACAAUAGAAAUGUUACAAAUUGUAGAUGAUUCUUUAUGGUGUAUGAACAAAGGCUUUUUUUAUUUGAGCACAUUGCUUACGUGUUGAAAAACUUUUCCUAUGAUGCAUGUUAAUCCUCUGUAAAAAUGGUAGAUUUUUAAUUCUGCUUGUUUUCUCACUACCAUUUAAAACAAACAUGUACACAUAUUUUAGCUUGAGUCUGUUUUAGAAGUUUUAUUUUUGUACCCAUUUAACAUAUGAACUUGCACUCUUAACUGUUCUGAUGAGACUCAUGCCAAGAAGGGCUCAGUGCUGGGUCUGAGGAGGAGUCUGUGAACCACACUGGCUUUCACUUGUCCGCAGUCAGUGUUCACCAGCAACAUAAGCACCCUUAAACAGCAUCUGAUUGAGCCUCUUGGAUAGGGCAAACUACCAGUAGUUUGGCAUGGUCGAUGUCUCGUGAUUUGGUUGAGGAGCUGGCUCCAACUCCAGCUCCUCAUUGUGGAAAAGUUGUGCGACACGUAAAGUUUACCUUAUACUGACUGUAUCAGGAUAAUCUGGCCUAGUGUUAUCUGGUUAUCCUGAUUGUUAGGCAAAGUACAGAACUAAUAUCUUUGAUUUCAUUUUAUCUUUUAGAGCUCGACCAUACUGGAUUUUUGACAGUAUCCGCAGCUGAUGUUUGUACACAAAGAUCAUUUUACAGUGUAAAAUCCACCUUGUCAGAGCUCCCUGCUGGACUAACUCUAACAGAGACACUGUUUCUAAAUGACCUGAAAACAUAUAUCGGGACAUUUCUGUACUGACAUUUCAUGUUACCUUCAGGAAGACAUAUGCUGAUACUGAUUUACAAGAUAUGUUCAAAUAGUCCCCAGGCCCUCGUUUUCCUUGCUUUAUAAAUAUGUAUUAUCAGAUUUUGUUUCAGAUAUUUUCAUUUGCUAUUAAUGCACACACAAACCUUUCUACAUGUUUACGUAGGCUAUUUUGAUAAUUCCAGCACCAAUUUCAUCAGUACAAGAAGAGGCAUGCGAUAUUCACCAGUUACUUUUCAACCUCUAUUAAGUCAACACUUCCUGCAGAUGGUUCAGAUUUGAAUUUGAACUACCAAGUGGUACUCUGUUAAGACUACCAGCUGGUAGGCCUUAAUGUGAACGUUACUCUUCUGUUCGCAACAAAACCUUGUCUGUGGCUUUUCCUUUAUGUUCUGCAGUAUUGUGUUGAGAAGCAGCAAGGAUUUUUGCUCAACAAUGACCCUAUUUUAUUUUGUUUUAAUUGUCUCUUGAAUAUUGCCAAGUCAUAAAUGCAUGGAUUAACUCCUUUUAUUUGAUAUUUUUGUUUAAUUUAUUAAUCAUUUCACCAUGUUCCAAAGGUGCAGAAAUGUAACAUAAGCAAAUUUCAUUCGCAGUGACAUGUUGGAUGGACAUGAAAGUUGAAACAGAGCUCUGUGUAUUGAACUAUCUGCCUGCUCUGUGAUAAUAAGCUCCAUGUGUAUCUUUUUUUUCAGCUGUGGUGUUCACAUCCAGCUUGUUCUGUUGAAACAUUUAACAGCAAACUAAUAUGGUGUCUGCAUUAACAAGUAACCAUCCUGCUUUGAUAGGCCUGUUAGUUAGCAUGCAUUGGUGAUAUGAGGUUUCAAUGGGACAAUUAUUUUUAUAGGUUACUGAUCAAAAGUCACAGAUUGUGUCUCAUAAUAGUUUUUAUUCACUAAAGAAUGAACAAAACAUCUGUUGAAUUUGUAUUAUAAGGAAGUUUUAUUAAACUAUGAUGAACUGAAA